GGAUGUUCGGUUUUAUGCCGGCGCUCAGUUCCCGCUGAACAUUCGAGGCGAACGGUUCGCUGCGUUGGGCUUGGUUUUAAUAUUUCCCGAUUCGAUCCGAUAUUCUUGGCUGUGGUGCUCCAUUCGCGAUUCUCGAGUCACAAGUCGUGGCCAUGUGAAGUGCAGGCAUCUCGAUAGGCCUCCGAAAUUCAAAUUCGUCGUCGCUGAUAAAAGCCUUUGACUAUAUUUAAAUAUGAUUGUGCCAAAAACUGUGCUCUGAUUACGCAAAUUGCAAGUGAAUCUAAUUGCAAAGAAAUUCUGCGUACAGCAGCAGGAGCAGCAACUUCGCCGCAGCUCUUGGCUCGCUUUGCUUUGGAAAAUACUUGGGGAAAAGUUCAAGUGAAGACAACUGUUGCAUUCAAAAUACAUUCAAAAUAUAAAAAAGGAAAUACACAUGGAUGUCCGUGUGUGCAAGUGUCGGUUUGGGUGAGAGCGGAAAAUGCGUUAAUUAGCGGAUAAAAAGUAUAUGCCAGUGACUCGAAUUAAGUCGUUAAUCAAAAGCCGCGACGGGGAUCGUAUUGUGUGUAAUUAGCAAAUGUCGUGACAUAUGCAGGCAAAGCGGAAAAAACCAAGAAAUGUCAACGCAUGUGAAAGUUUAUUUUGGAAAAAAAUGUUCAAAAAAAAAGUGUGUGACAUAAAUAAUUAAUUUUAGUGAGGCGAUAAAGAGCAACGCCAGCGAAACCCCCACGAAAAUUGCCAUGCAACAAGUGUUCGCCACAUGUCCGCUGUGUUUUUUCUUGUGUUUUCUUGUGCAAUUCCCCUGACUGCAGUCCGCUCUCCCCGAAUAUGGCCGCCCUUUACGUCCGAUAACAACCGUACUGAAUCACUUCCAUAUCGUAUAUAUAUCUCGCAGAGAGCCGCAACCUAAAUAGGUGGUAUCGAGUCCAAGAUGGGCUUCUCCUCGGCCCUGCAAAGUCGGGCCGCCCACGAGGCGCUGAUCGUCCGCCAGGAUGCCGAGCUCCGGCUGAUGGAGACCAUGAAGAGAUCCAUCCAGAUGAAGGCCAAGUGCGACAAGGAAUACGCAAUCAGCCUGACAGCCGUGGCCCAGCAGGGUCUCAAAAUCGAUCGGGCUGAUGAAAUGCAAGGCAGCCUAAUUACGAAAUCCUGGCGGUCCUACUUGGAUGAGCUGGACCAGCAGGCCAAACAGUUCAAGUUCAACGCCGAGCAGCUGGAAGUCGUCUGCGAUAAGUUGAGCCAUCUUUCACAGGAUAAGCGAAAGGCCCGAAAAGCCUACCAGGAGGAGCAUGCCAAGAUCGCAGCACGCCUGAAUCAUCUUUCCGACGAGGUGGUUCGCAAGAAAACCGAAUACCAAAAACAUUUGGAGGGCUACAAGGCGCUGCGCACGCGCUUUGAGGAGCACUACAUAAAAGCACCCAGUCGCAGUGGCCGCAAGCUGGACGAUGUGCGCGACAAGUACCAGAAGGCCUGCCGCAAGCUGCACCUCACACACAACGAGUACGUGCUGUCCAUCACGGAGGCCAUCGAAGUGGAGAAGGACUUCCGCACGGUGCUGCUGCCGGGAUUGCUGGAGCACCAGCAGUCCGUCCAGGAGAGUUUCAUCCUGCUGUGGCGCAACAUCCUGCAGGAGGCGGCCCAGUAUGGCGAUCUCACGGCCGACAAGUACAAGGAGAUACAGAAGCGCAUUGACACUGUGAUAGGCGGCAUCAAUCCGACCGAGGAGUACGGCGAGUUCACCGAGAAACACAAAACAUCCCCCACAUCCCCCAUGCUCUUUCAGUUCGAUGAGACGCUCAUCGAGGACAUACCCGGCAAACUGCAGUCGAGCACCUUGACGGUGGACAACCUCACGGUGGACUGGCUGAGGAAUCGCCUCCAGGAACUGGAGAGUGCGGUCAAGGAUUGCCAGGAGAAGCAGCUGAAGAUGAUCGAGCACGUAAACGGUGGUUCCCCUGUGGCCAAUGGCAGCAUUAUAUCCAACGGCAGCAACACAUCCAAUGGCAUCCAGUCCAACAAGGAUAGCCAAUGUCGCCAGUCGAAGGACCUGAAUGCAUUGCGCUGCCAGGAGAAGCAAAAGCAGAAGCUGGUGGACAUGAUCAAGUGCGCCUUGAACGAGGUGGGCUGCGAGGAACUGCCCUCCGGAUGCGACGACCACUUGACCCUCGAGCAGACCUUCAUCGAGAAUGGCUACAACAAUGAGCAGCAGCAGAGGUCCAACUCCACGAGUUCACCAGGCUUGGGCAUCAUGAACGAGCUGAUGCGACGCGGCGGGGUUCUGACCCUGCUGCGCGGAAGGGGUCGCCACUUCAAGAGGAAGAGCACCCCCCAACCGACCACGCCCACGACCAGGUGCCGUCAAGGACGCUUCAACAAGUUGCAGCCGCGCUCCCAAAGCCUCGGAUCCUUGUCGGUAAUUAGGAAUGGGAUCGGGCCAAGUCCUGCACGUUACGAGCCCAUUACUAACCACCGUUCGGCCAGCGUUCAUUAUUUGGGCGAGGAGAUCACCCCGAGUUCAGUGACCCCGCCCCAUUUGCCACGCCUGCGUCGCACCCAGUGUUCCAUGUUGUGUUUGGGCGAGGCCGAGGAGCCUGCCGUUGUCCUGGCCUCGCCCCUCCCGCUCACCCAGCUAACCGCCGCUGUCCUUACUAACACCAAUAACAAUCAUAUCUAUGCGGAUCUGGAGCUGGACAGGAAGCGGGAAGCCGCCAGUCUAGAAAGCGACGAGGAGGAGGAGGAGGAAACUAAAGAGCAAGUCCAAAUAGAAAUAAACCAGGCCAAACCCCAGAACUCCAUAGAUGCUCAUCUGGACAGGAUCGAUGAACUGAAUCGCGUGCUGGACGAUCGCCUGAAGCGGAGUAUGCAGCCCAGCGACGAUGUGAAUGCCAUCGAGAGUGCGGAAGAGUGCCAUCAGAUAGAGACCAGAAAGUUGGCCAAAGAUCCAGAUAGCCAAACCAAGCGCAGUUCCAGCUCCAGUUCGGAGUGCCGAUCCUCCAAGGAGACGGCGGGUCACUCCAAGAAGCGAUCGCUUUCGUUCACUCAAAAGUCCAUAAGCAACAUCUUCAGCAAUCUAAAGGAGUUCUCCAAAAGUCCUCUGGUGCGAAUGGCCAAGAAUCACACGCUCCACGAGGAGCAGGAUGCGGAAAGGACGCAGCCGAAUCAUCAGCAUUCCAGCAGCAGUGACUGCCCCACAAACAGUAGCAGUUCCAGCAGUAAUAACAAUAACAAUAAUAACAAUAACAAUAGCAAUCACAGUGCCUCACAGUCGACGAUCAUCACGAGCACGAUCACCACGACCAUAACGACCACCACGUCCACGACGCCGUCCAAGGAAACCUCAAGACUGAAAUUCAAGGUGCCCAAGAUCCAGAAGAAAUCGAAGGCCAUCCGCAAUACAUUCCGCUCCAAGCUGCUGAACUUCCAGCUGAAGCGAUCCAAGCCCUGCAAACAGUGCACCAAAAGGAGACGCAUCCAUCCCAGCAAGAGUGUCUUCGACUUUGCCCGGGAAUUCGAGGCGGAUCAGCCGGCAGGAUCGGCGGGGGAUGAUGGGCAGUUCUGCAAUUGCCCGCCGGUUGCACCGAAAAUCCCAAAACCAUCCGUCCAAAUAUCCGGUCGCAAGGAGCGUACGUUUGAGUCCAGUUCCGGGGAGCUGGUCGAGAACCAGGACGAGGAGGAGGACAACGACGACGAGGACAGCGACGACGUGCUCAGCAUGAAGGAUCACUGCUACUGCGUUCCCAGCCUGGCGGCCAGUAUAUCGCUCUCCACGAAUCGUCCGCUUUACGAGGAGGAAUGGUUCCAUGGCGUUCUGCCGCGUGAAGAGGUUGUCCGACUGCUGAACAACGAUGGCGACUUCCUCGUACGCGAGACCAUUCGGAACGAGGAGAGCCAGAUCGUCCUGAGUGUCUGCUGGAAUGGCCACAAGCACUUCAUUGUCCAGACCACCGGAGAGGGCAAUUUCCGGUUCGAGGGACCGCCCUUUGCCAGCAUCCAGGAGCUGAUAAUGCACCAGUACCACUCCGAGCUGCCGGUGACUGUCAAAUCCGGAGCCAUACUCCGGCGACCCGUUUGCCGAGAACGCUGGGAGCUGAGUAACGAUGAUGUGGUGCUCCUCGAGCGGAUUGGCAGGGGCAACUUUGGCGACGUCUACAAGGCCAAACUGAAGUCCACCAAACUGGAUGUGGCCGUCAAAACCUGCCGCAUGACCCUGCCCGACGAACAGAAGCGUAAAUUCCUCCAAGAGGGCCGCAUCCUCAAGCAAUACGACCAUCCUAAUAUCGUCAAGCUAAUAGGCAUUUGUGUGCAGAAGCAGCCCAUAAUGAUUGUCAUGGAAUUGGUGCUGGGUGGUUCCCUACUAACGUACUUGCGUAAGAACUCCAAUGGUCUCUCCAAUCGCCAACAAAUGGGAAUGUGCAGGGAUGCGGCGGCAGGCAUGCGAUAUCUGGAGUCCAAGAACUGCAUUCAUCGCGAUCUGGCGGCGCGUAAUUGUCUCGUUGACCUGGAGCACAGUGUGAAGAUUUCCGAUUUCGGGAUGUCACGCGAGGAAGAAGAGUAUAUAGUUUCCGAUGGAAUGAAGCAGAUACCUGUGAAGUGGACAGCUCCCGAGGCCCUCAACUUUGGAAAGUAUACCUCACUGUGCGACGUGUGGUCCUAUGGCAUUCUGAUGUGGGAGAUCUUCUCCAAGGGGGACACACCCUACUCGGGCAUGAGCAAUUCAAGGGCCAGGGAACGGAUCGAUACGGGAUACCGAAUGCCAACGCCAGAGAACACGCCUGCGGAGAUGUAUCGACUGAUGCUAAAGUGCUGGGCAGCCGAUGCCGAAUCCCGGCCUCAUUUCGAUGAGAUCUACAAUGUGGUCGACGCCCUCAUCCUGCGCCUGGACAAUAGCCACUGAGAGCGGCUCCAGCCGGAACACUUAGCAUACUCAACGUAGAUUUAGUCAGCGCUUUUAAAGUCUUAACAACGAGAUGCCUGUAUUUAUGAGAUAGCCUAUACUAUACAUUUUACCACAUAAACGAUAUUUAUAUAGAGACAUAUAUAUUUUCUAGCCAUGUAAAUGUAAAUUUCGAUAUAUACCGUACUGUGUGUUUGUUUGACUGAGCGUAUGUAAUAAAUCCUUAAUGUGCCAAAAACCGCAAGAAGAUCUUUAAACAAAAGCAAAAGAAAGAAAUACAAAAAAAAUCGAUAUUGUGUGUCUGCUUGAAGAACUGCUUCGUAGCCUAAGCUCAUGAAUUUAUAUUCUUAGUUGUUUGUGUUUUAGUUCGUAAACAGAGAAUCAUAAUUUGUAAAUUAUGCAAUCCCUACGUUUGUCAAUUUGUUUCUAGACUUCGUAUUUUAUGUAUAUUUAUUUACACCUAAUUUACAUUUCUACUUCGACUACGAUUAUGUUUACACUUAUACAACUAAGCUCUAAGUUAAAGCUUUAAGUUUUGCUGCGCUGCUGAAGUGAAUAAAUCAUAUGUGUACUAUACAGA